GUACAUGUUCCCGCUGAGUUUCAUCCAGGUGACCAACUAUGAGCCGUCCAUGUCCUUCGGCUAUGUGCCAGAUACCGAACUUCUGCAGUUCGCCUCCAAGGCCACCAACGGUGCGUUUCUGUUCACCAGCGACUGUGUGUCUCUGCCCGCUCCCUCGCCUGACUCGUACCCUGCACAGCGCGUGUGGGCUGUAGAGGACGGUGUGUGGGACCAGUACGACUCACUGACUAAGAACAUAUACCACGCGGCAUUCACAGCGAGUACCUUCUCGUCAUCACCAGGUAUGUGGCGGGUGGUAGUUGGGGGGGGUUGGGGGGGGUUGGGGAGUUCGGGCACUUGUCUGACUAGGUGUGGGCGGGGCUGUGGAAGUAUGCGUGGAGCCGCUCAGGAAUGUGCGGAGUCUCCCAGGAAUGCGGAGAGUCACUCAGGAAUGUACUGGGCCUCCCAGGUAUCGGCUUGGUCAGAUGUAGCGCCGUGUAGUCUAAGUCACGAGCAGUGCUGCCUGCAGCUGAUCCCGUCGG